CUGACUGAGAGCGUCUCCAAACUUUGACCGGCUUCUUCUCGGUUACUCGCUCCUGUUGCACCAAAACAACAAAGCAGCGAUCCGCGGACCGAGCAGAGGACAGAGGAGGCACCGAGAGGAGUAAGAGAGGAGUCAGGGCUCCAGGAGGACAGGAGCUGGAACUUUUUAAAGGACUCCUGGUGUUAGAGAAGAGACAAAGAGUAGAUUUGGUGCUGGAGCUGCUCUCUGACUGAAGGAUUCUCUGAGCUCCAUCCUGUAGACCAUCAGGAGGAUCAUCAUGGAGUAGACCUGCUCCUCCUCCUCCUCCUUCUUCUUCUUCUUCUUUUUCUCCUCUUUGGAAUCAAACUAACAACACAUGAGUGGGCUUGACUGGACCCGCCGUUUCCUUACAGUAAAUCCUCUGGGAUUAAAAUAACGAGGCCGAUGGAUAACUUCUUUACGGAGGGUGACCGUGUGUGGUUACGGGAGGAUGAGCAGUACCUGCCCAGCACCGUGUCCACGUGUUCUGGAGGAGUCGUCGUCUUUGCCACAGACUAUGGACAGGUGUACACCUACAAGCAGAAUGCCCUCACCCGGCAGAAGGUGCAGCCCAUGCAUCACAGCAGCAUCAGAGGGGUGGAGGACAUGGCAGCGCUGGAGGACCUCCACGAUGGCGCCAUCAUGUACAACCUCUUCCUGCGCUACCAGCAGAGACACAUCUAUACAUACAUUGGCUCCAUCCUGGCGGCGGUGAAUCCUUACCAGCUCCUCCCAGGCCUGUACGAUCGUCCCGCUGUGGAGCUGUACAGCCGACACCACCUCGGAGAAAUCUCCCCGCACAUUUUCGCCAUCGCCAACGAGUGUUACCGCUCACUGUGGAAGAGGCAGCAGAACCAGUGUGUCCUCAUCAGUGGAGAGAGCGGCGCUGGAAAAACAGAAAGCACGAAGCUAAUCCUGAAGUUCCUGUCAGCCAUGAGCCAGCACUCCUUGGAGGUGUCGUCCAGAGACAAGUCGUCCCAUGUGGAGGAGGCGCUGCUGGAGAGCAGUCCCAUCAUGGAGGCCUUUGGAAACGCCAAGACUGUGUACAACAACAACUCGAGCCGCUUUGGGAAGUUCAUCCAGCUGCACUUCAGUCAGAAGGGAAACAUCCAGGGAGGCAGGAUCGUCGACUACCUCUUAGAAAAGAACCGGGUCGUGCGGCAGAACCCUGGAGAGAGAAACUAUCACAUUUUCUACGCCCUGUUGGCAGGAACCAACAACCAGCAGAGAGAAGCGUUUGGGCUGACCCAGCCUGACAGCUACCACUACCUGAGACAGUCCAACUGCUCAGCAGACAAGACAAUCAAUGACAGCAGCACCUUUCACGAUGUUCUGAAUGCAAUGCGAACGAUGCAGUUCACAGAGGAGAGCAUCGGGGAGGUCCUGCGCCUCCUUGCUGGGAUCCUCCACACGGGGAACAUCGAGUUCAUGACGGCCGGAGGAGCUCAGGUCUCCUCUAAAUCAGCAGCUCUCAGUCGAGUGUCAGACCUCCUCGGGUUGAACUCAGACCAGCUAGCCGAGGUCCUGACCCACCGGUCCAUGAUCCUCAGGGGGGAGGAGAUCUCCACGCCACUCACUGUGGAACAGGCCGUCGACUCCAGAGACUCGAUGGCGAUGGCACUUUACUCUCAGUGUUUCAACUGGAUCAUCCGCCAACUCAACAGCCGGAUCAGAGGCAGAGAGGACUUCAAAUCCAUCUGCAUCCUCGACAUCUUUGGAUUUGAGAACUUUGAGGUCAACCGCUUUGAGCAGUUCAACAUCAACUAUGCAAAUGAGAAGCUUCAGGAAUAUUUUAACAAGCACAUUUUCUCCCUGGAGCAACUUGAAUACAACAAGGAGGGUCUGGUUUGGGUCGAUAUCAACUGGAUGGACAAUGGAGAGUGUCUGGAUCUGAUUGAGAAGAAACUGGGCCUCCUGGCACUGAUGAAUGAGGAGAGCCACUUCCCCAAAGCCACCGACGACACCUUACUGGAGAAACUCCACAGCCAACACUCGAAAAACCCGUUCUAUGUGAAACCUCGCGUGGCUGUGCACUACUUUGGAGUCAAACACUAUGCAGGAGAGGUGGUGUAUGAUGUGAGGGGGAUGUUGGAGAAGAACAGAGACACUUUCAGAGACGACAUCCUGAACCUGCUGAGGGAGAGCAGGUUGGACUUUGUCUACGAUCUGUUUGAGCACGUAUUGAGCAGAAACAAACAGGACACGCUGAAGAGCACCUCCAAGCACAGACGGCCCACCGUCAGCUCCCAGUUCAAGGAUUCGUUGCACUCCCUGAUGGCCACUCUCAGCUCCUCUAACCCUUAUUUCAUCCGCUGCAUUAAACCAAAUAAACACAAGAUGCCUGAUCAGUUCGACCAGACGUUGGUUCUGAACCAGCUCAGAUAUUCUGGCAUGUUGGAGACAGUGAAGAUUCGACAAACAGGCUUCCCCAUUAGGAGACCAUUUCAGGACUUCUGCACCAGGUACAAGGUGUUGAUGCGGGGCGUGAUGAUACCCGAUGACCCCCGAGGAAGCUGCGUCCAGCUUCUUCACCUGUACGACAGCAGCAGCGCAGAGUGGCAGCUGGGAAAGACCAAGGUCUUCCUCCGGGAGUCUUUGGAGCACCGCCUGGAGAAGCAGCGGGAGAUGGAGGUGCUGAAAGCUGCCAUGAUUAUCCAGGCUCACGUCAUGGGCUACAUGGCCAGGAAGCAGUACAGGAAGCUGCUGCAGUGCAUUGUGGUCAUCCAGAAGAACUACCGGGCUUUCUACUGGAGAAGGAAGUUCCUGCUCCUCCGCUGGGCAGCGCUCACCUUCCAGAAACGUCUCAGGGGCCAGCUGGCCCGCCGAGCCUUCGGCCAGCUGCUUGAGGAGAGGAGGAGGAGGGAGGAGGAGGAGCUGAGGCGCAGGAGGAUGGAGGAGGAGAUAGAGAGGGAGAGGCAGAGGCUGGAGGCUGAGAGACUCGCCGCAGAGGCUGAAGAGGCCAGACGACUGGAGGAGCUCCGCCACUCUGUGGAGUUAGCGGCUCUCGCCCUUCCUCCGCCUCCACCUCCAGUAGAAGCUGAAACAGUCCCAGUCUCGAUGGAGGAGCUGGAGCUACCCGAGCCGCUCCAGGGGGUGUCUGAAGAAGAGGAAGCAGUCCGUCCUCAUGAAGCGUCUCAGGUGGAGGAGAUCCUUCGACUGGAGCGGGAAAUCCAGGCGCUGCAGAGGCAGAAGGAGCGUCAGGAGCUCUCUCUGACUGAAGCCUCCCUCAACCGCCUGCAGCUCCUCCGGGAUCAGGAGCUCAGGCGCCUGGAGGACGAAGCUUGCAAGGCGGCGCAGCAGUUCCUGGAGUCGUUGAACUUUGACGAGAUCGAUGAAUGCGUGAGGAACAUCGAGAGCUCGUUGGGAGUAGGCGAAGAGGACGAGAAGGAGAAGGAGGGUGGACGGAGACGAGGGAAUGAUGAAGAAGAGGUCGAUGAAGGCUUUGGAGCUGAUGAUGACGCCUUUAAAGACUCGCCAAACCCAAGUGAGCACGGCCACUCAGACGGGCAAAGGACGAGCGGGAUCCGAACAAGCGAUGACUCGUCUGAAGAAGACCCAUACGCCAACGACGGAGUGAUCCCACAGCUGCCGCCAACUACUGUGCUUAAUCAGCCGCUGCCUUUACCGCCAGUGCCCUCUGCCUGCCACAGUGCCUCAUCCAGCGGGGACUCGGCCUACUGCCAUCCCCAAGCUUCAUUUGAGGCCCAGUCCGACGACCUGGUGGAGCUCAUACCGCCUGAUGAAGACUCAGACUAUGACCAGGAUGACUACGAUGAGGGUGCCAUUGUGUCUAGUGGCAGUGUGGCGUUCUCCAACCCCUGCAGCGGCCAGUGGUCUCCUGAAUACAGAGGUUCGGUGGGGACCUACAACAGCUCAGGGGCCUACCGCUUCAGCUCGGAGGGUGCUCAGUCAUCGUUUGAGGACAGUGAGGACGACUUUGACCGAUUUGACACCGAUGAUGAGCUGUCAUAUCGUCGGGACUCCGUCUACAGCUGUGUCACGCUUCCUUACUUCCACAGCUUCCUCUACAUUAAAGGCGGCCUGAUGAAUACGUGGAAGCGGCGUUGGUGCGUCCUGAAAGAUGAGACCUUCCUUUGGUUCCGGGCCAAACAGGAGGCUCUGAAGCAGGGCUGGCUGCACAAGAAGGGAGGGGGCUCGUCCACGCUGUCCCGCCGUAACUGGAAGCGCCGCUGGUUCGUGCUGAGGCAGAGCAAACUCAUGUAUUUUGAGAAUGAUGGAGAGGAGAAGAUGAAGGGUGUUCUGGACAUGCAUGAUGCAAAAGAAAUCAUCGAUAACACCGGUAAGGAGAAUGGGAUUGACAUUGUGAUGCCAGAGAGGACCUACCAUCUGAUCGCAGAGUCUGCUGAGGAUGCCAGUCAGUGGUUCAGCGUGCUGAGUCAGGUCCAUGGCUCGACAGAACAGGAGAUCAGAGAGAUGCAUGAUGAGCAGGCAAACCCACAGAACGCUGUGGGAACGCUGGACGUCGGGAUGAUCGAUUCUGUUUGUGCAUCAGAUAAUCCAGAGAGGCCGAACUCUUUUGUCAUCAUCACGGCGAACCGCGUGCUGCACUGCAAUGCCGACACGCCUGAGGAGAUGCACCACUGGAUCACUCUGCUGCAGCGCUCCAAAGGAGACACCCGUGUGGACGGACAGGAGUUCAUCAUCAGAGGCUGGUUGCACAAAGAAAUGAAGAACAGCACCAAGGCCUCACUGAAGCUGAAGAAACGCUGGUUUCUUCUUACCCACAAUUCCCUGGACUACUACAAGAGCUCAGAGCGGAACGCCCUAAAGCUGGGAACACUGGUGCUGAACAGCCUCUGCUCGGUGGUUCAACCUGACGAGAAAGUCUUCAAAGAGACAGGAUACUGGAACGUGAUUGUGUACGGACGUAAACACUCUUACCGUCUGUACUGUAAGCUGCUGAAUGAAGCGACACGCUGGGCCAACUCCAUCCAGAACGUCAUUGACUCCAAAGCUCCUAUUGACACACCGACACAGCAGCUCAUCCAGGACAUCAAGGAGAACUGUUUGAACUUGGAGGUGGUGGAGCAGAUCUGCAAGAGGAACCCAAUACUGCGCUACAGCCACCACCCACUGCACACCCCGCUAUUGCCACUGCCAUACGGGGACAUCCACCUCACUGCUCCAAGAAACAGAAACUACACGACCCUGCAGCACGAAGCCCUCAAAGUGUUCGGCUCUCUUCAGCACCUGGAGGGGGUUGCUGACCCGAUGCCAAUCAUCCAGGGCAUCCUUCAGACAGGCCAGGAGCUGAAACCUUUAAGGGACGAGCUCUUCUGCCAGCUGAUAAAGCAGACGACCCGGCCGCCUCAGCCUGGAGGACCAGGAAACCUGUGCAACUGGAAGAUCCUGGCCUGCAUGUCCUGCACAUUCAUCCCCACAAGGAGCAUCCUUCGAUACCUCAAGUUCCACUUGAAGAGAACUCGAGAACUUUUCCCCGGCUCAGAGAUGGAUCGUUACGCCGCCUUCGCCCUCGAUGCCCUGAGGAAGACUCGAUCCAGGGAAAAUGUCCCAUCACAGGAGGAAAUCCGUGCCAUCGUGGCCCGACAGGACAUGAGCACCACGGUUCACUGUCACGGAGGGGGAUCCUGCAAGAUCACCAUCAACUCCCACACAACAGCUGGAGAGGUGGUGGAGAAACUGAUCAGAGGUUUGGCCAUGGAGGACAGCAGGAACAUGUUUGCUCUCUUCGAACACAACGGCGACACAGAGAAAGCCAUCGAGAGCCGCACAGUGGUGGCCGACGUGCUCGCCAAGUUUGAAAAGCUUUCAGCCAGUCCAGACGAACACAGCACCGGCUGGAAGUUUUACUUCAAGCUCUACUGUUUCUUGGACACGCAAAAUGUUCCCAAAGACAGUGUGGAGUUUGCCUUCAUGUUUGAGCAGGCGCAUGAAGCUGUCAUUAAAGGUCAGUAUCCAGCCCCUGAGGAGACUCUCCAGUUUCUUGCUGCCCUGAGACUUCAGUACCUCCUCGGUGAUCACAGCUCCCAGGCCAACAUCCCUGAAAUGUCUCAGGUGUUCCCCAUGGUACGGUUGCGAGCCCGAGUGCAGAAUUCAGCCAAGGCUUUUGCUCCAGGCACCGGCUCAGUGGCCGACCGUUCAGGGACAUGUGAGAGGAAACGCUCAAGCUUCCUGGAGGGAACGCUGAGGAGGAGCUUCAGAAGUGGCUCACUGAGUCGGCAGAAACUAGAGGAGGAGAACAGCCUGGAGGCGUGGAUGAGGGAGGAGGCAGCGGCUGUAAGGACCAGCGUCAUGGACAAGUGGAAGAAGCUACAGGGGAUGAACCAGGAACAAGCAAUGGUCAAAUAUAUGACCCUGGUGAAGGAGUGGCAGGGAUAUGGAUCCACGCUGUUUAAUGUUGAGAGCCGAGAUGGAGCCUUCCCCACCGAACUGUGGCUGGGCAUCAGCCGGGAGUCCAUAUCAGUGUACAAACGAGGAGAGCCAUGGCCUCUGGAAGUAUUCCCAUAUGAACAGAUUCUGUCUUUCGGCGCCCCACUGCCUAAUGCCUACAAGAUCGCUGUGGAGGGACGAGAGCUUGUCUUUGAAACACAAAUGGUCAUGGACAUCGCCAAGCUGAUGAAGGCGUACAUCAGCAUGAUUGUCAAGAAACGCUACAGCAACUGUCAGUCCGUCAGCAGUCACGGCAGCCAGUGCAGUGCCUGGUAAACUCAACUUACCGAAGUGUCAAAGAGGGUGUCCACCUGUCUUUGGGCGCAGCUUUGACUUUUGACAUUUCAAACAGACUCUGAAUGCUGGAGACAAACCACAAUGCUCUUAAUGUUUUUAUGUUGGACCAGUUAUAUUCCAAAACUUGAGACCUCUACACCAAGGGAUCAGAACCUUAGAGGCAAUGCAGUUAGCAAUCAUUUCAAGCUGGAGGGAUGUGCUGCUCCCAGGUUUAAACUUUGGAAUCAAGAAGGAUUUGCUUUGUGAGUAUAUUAUAAUGAGUCUGACAGCUAGUUUGACUCAUAGUAUGGAUGUGGAUAUUGUUGCUUUCUGCAGCUGUGUUGACUAUCACAUCCCUUCUGUGGAUUCAGCAACUACCCCUUACUUGUCAUGUAUAUACUGCAUCUCGUGUGACAUUAAUUCAGUUGACAUGUGGCAGCCAUGAUGCAUACACAUAGGUCAAGGAAAGUGCAUCAUAGGAUCUUUUUUUUGCAUAUUUCAGUAUUUAAAUCUUUCAAAUCAAACAAGUUUAGUGUUAGACAAAGAUUACCCAAGUAAAUAAAAAAGGCAGUUUUUAAAUGAUGAUCUUAUUUAUUAAGGGGAAAAAGCCAUUAAAACCUACCUGGCCCUAUGUGAAAAAGUCAUUGUCCCCUAAACCUCAUAACAGUUUCACUUUUCUUUCCAAUAAGUUGUCUCACAGUUCACAGAAAAUUUCCCCAAAAGUCUUGUGGAUCAUCAGGAUGUUUUUAGUCAAAUGUGAGACGAGUUUUUGUGUUCUUUUUGGCCAUCAGUAGUUUUGGCCUUGGAACUCUUGGAUGCCAUUUUUUUCUCUUUCUUAUUGAGUCAUGAACAUUGACCUUAACUCAGUCACGUGAGGCCUGCAGCUCUUCAGAUGUUGUUCUGGGUUCUUUUGUGACCUCCUGGAUGAGGCGUCAAUAAUCUCUUGGAGUCAUUUUGGGAGGCAAUACACUCCUGGGAAGGUUCACCAUUGUUCCAAGUUUUCCCCAUUUGUGGUUAAUGGCUUGCUGGUGUCCAAAAGUCUUAGACAUGUUUUUAUAAUACUCUUCAGACUAAUAGAUGUCAAUGACUGUUUCUCAUCGGUUCUUGAUUUAUGUAGACAAAGCCAUGAUGUGUUGCUUUUUGAGAUUUAGCCUACUUCACUUUGUCAGACAGGUUCUAUUUAAGGGAUUUCUGGAUGCAGCAGGUCUGGCAGUAAUGGGUGUGAAUAGUGACAUUGAACGCAGCUUUCCAAAAAGUGUGGUUAAUCACAGUUAAUUCAUGAUUUAACAAGGGGACAAAGUUUCUUUAUUUCACAUAGGGCCAGGCUGGUUUGGAUGGCGUUUCCCCUAUAAAUGAAAUCAGAAUUUUAAAAAAUGCAAAUUCUAUUUACGCUGGUUAUCAUUGUCCAAUUUUAUAAAUUGUUUGAUGAUCUCAAAGUAUGAGAAAAAUGCAAAAAACAAGACAAUCGGAAGUGAUUUUAACACUAUGUGACCCUAACUUUCAGCAGGAACAGAGUACUGAUUUUUUUUCUGUUAUCUUGGCCAUUUAAGGGUGAAAAUGGUCAGAUAAAAACAACUAAACUGUAGUGACUGAGUACAAAGAUGCAUCAUGUUUUACAGUUUCUAAGACCAAAGAAAUCAAGCUGAACCUUUUUUAUUCAGAUAGUCCAAGAAAACGUGGAUGUAUCUUGUUUUGGAAUUUAACCGCAGCAUUUCUUCUGAUGCUAACUUGUGUGGCACAAAAAGGAUGGGGUUGUUUGUUAAAGGUUUUUGUGUGUGUGUGUGGACGUGUUGUAUGUGUGAGUUUUUAAAAGGGUGUGCCUACAGGCUUGUCGAAUGUAUAAAAAAAGCAGAAAAAAAAAACUAGUUAAAGCCUUUGAGCCUUUUCCUCUGCUUUGAAAAAAACUCUGGGACUUCUUCACAAAACUUCUCCAGGAUGAUGUGCUCACUGUAAAUAAUAUGCAAACAUAUUUCAAUUUUGGAUUUUAUUGUUUUGAUUGAUUUGCUGAUGGUCACACAAGUGCCUGUUUAAACUAAAGCAGGACAAGUUAAGUCACACUUGUUUUUUAACAAUGCCACUCUUGCUCCUGUAACCACAAUUCCGAAAGGUGCUCCCGUGUUCCCUUUAACUACCAAUGUACUAUAAGACAGCUCAAUCUGUCCAGCCGAGCAAGCCAUUCAUGCUAAACUCAAGUUUAAGGUGCAUUUAUAAGAGUUGAAAGAAACGUGGAGACAGCAAAGGAUGAGCAGUAAAACUGAUGUUUUGACAAAUGUGUCUGGGGGCGUCAGAGACCGUGAUGUAGCUUUCCUGGUUAAAGGAGGGUCCAGCUGUUAUCCAAAAAGGUCUACUUCAUAAGGCAAAAGCAAGCACUUUCCAUGGACUUACUUGCAGUUACAUCACUCUUUGUGAACUGAAGUAAUGUACUGGAAUAAAGUGUCUUUCUUUCAGCCUCUUAUACCGCAAAAAUACGCUUAAGAGUGCAAGAUAAAAUAACUGUAUGACAGCAGUUUAGGAUCUCUCUAAAAACAUGGGGGAAUAAAUAUGAGCUGUACAUUUCAGAGAACCAAAUCAACCACAUCCAGAGAGAGCUCAGAGUAGUAAUUAAUGCAUCCCUUACAUCAAAAAGAGUUGGUCAAAGUGAUUGGGUGCCUCCCAGGAGACCUGAUAGACCCAGAACUUGCUAGAGGGAUAACAUCCUGUCUAGGUACACGUCCAAAUCCCCCAGGAACAGCCAGGAAAUAUAGUCAGGGAGAGGUACGUCUUUGUUGUCCACCACAGCUCUAACCAGGAGGAGCAGAGGUUUAUGGAGCACUGAUGGAUAGAAAAUCAGAUUUUUUGACAUAAUACAGUUACCUCAUAAGUUGCAUUUCUGAACUGAGAAUGGCAUCCCACCCAAGUCAAGUCAAAAUUCAGGGUGCAGAGUUUCCUGCAAGUUUCCCAAGUUGUAGUUCCAAAUAUAGAGGGUGUUUAGAUAGACUUUUCCAACUGGCAAAUCCGACUUCCAAGAUCAAAUAGAACACAACAGCAUAGAGCUAUAUAUUUACAAGCAACAUAAAUUGAUAUCUCAGUGUAGUUCAGUUUGUUUGAGUUUGAGAACUUGGAGUUAAAACUUCUAGGGGUGAUUAGGAUGACAUAUUCAACUGGCAUAUUGGAAUGUCUGACUUUCAAGGUUAAAUGGAACAUGCUGAUGAAGUCCUAAAAUAUCCAAGAAGCAAAACUGAAUUUUUGAAACUGUAAAGUUAUAAACUCAUUGGAACAAACUAGAGAUUAUAAAUGUGUAAAUUUAUAAGACAGAACUUUCGGAUUUUCUUUUCAAGAUGGGCAUGCGUGACUUUAUAAUCUCAAAAGUUUUCAACACUUUUCUCCAAAAUUUACAGCCCUGUAAAGCCACACUAUGUAAUAACGCCACAUUAUGUAAUAACCUUAACCAUAGGACUUAGUGUGGGCUCCAAGGUAUGCCCUACCCAACUACCUUGACCUAACUCUAACCACUUAGUGACUUAUGCCUAAACCUAACCCCCCUUCAGGGCUCUAGACUAAACACCUAUCCUACCUUGCCCUAACCCUAACCACUUAGUGGCUUAGAAAAUGCAGCGGUAUUACAUGAUGGAUGGAAAAUGUACAUUAUUACAUAAUGUGGCGUUAUUACAUAAUGCGGUGCUACAGGCCCUUUUGUAUUUUUAUAAAUGUUCCUAAUACGCUGUCAUAGAAUUGCACUGUAGAGAGAGAAUAGCUUGUCCGGUCUGAGUAAACUUUGUUCACAUAUUACUUUCUCCUUAUUUCCAGUGCUCAUAAAUGACCUCCCAUUUUCUGCAAAGCACUUAAAAUUCCCAAAUUUUGACCAAAGAUAAAGAUGUUUACUGCUGUCGUCCUGUGCUACAUAGAGAUGAGCAAAGUCUUAGUCUUGACUGAUCAGACUUUAGAGGGAAUGGCGUGCUCGGCUAGACUCUUCACGGUGUAACAUUCCUACAACAUUUCGCUGGAGCUCCGCGGGCGGCAGAUCCAUCCAAAGACGCGUGUGCAGGUCUCUUCCAUAGUGCCUUGUUGUAUAUUGUGUACAUUUUUUUUCUUUUCCAUGUGUGGUUUCUUGUUUUUGGUAUAAUGUGCAAUGUUAUAUAUAUUAUAUAAUCAUGUGGCUGUACAUUUUAUACUGUAAGUCUUUGCCUUCUGUUUUUUCUCACCUAAAUAAUGACCACACUGCCGUUUUUUGAAAAAAAUCUUGCUGUAUUUUUCUCUGUGUAACAAUCCGACUGACCAUGGACCUUAAACAUAACUCUGGUAUUUAGUUUUUUAUCUGUAUUCACUGUGUUAUGUAUUGAAAGGAUGAU